GGCUAAGGAAUCCUUUCAAACGUUUGAGUACCAACAUGUCAUAUGAUAUGCAAAUAAGUACAGACGCUUUUAACGGUGACCCAUGGUCAGAACACAACCCGAUCAACACCGGCUUCUACUACGUACAGUCCAACAAUAAAACCAUAAGGAUGUUCAAGACUUGGUACAAGUUGAGAGAGAGCAAAGUGAAAGAGCAAGACGUUCUGGCGCGGAUGAGUCGAAAAGGCUUGCUCAGGGAGAUGGGGCUUGUGGUUCGUUGCUUAGAUGUCCUCUACUUUAGCGGCUUCUGCAGCGACAGUAAUGAUGUAUCUGUGGUGUCCACCGUCCAUGCAAAUUGUUGCAAGACCAUUAGGGCCAAAGUGGAUGAUUUAAGAAAUGUUUUGAGGGACUGGAAGACUUACCGUAACAUGUCAACUUCUAUCAAUUUUAAGUGGACAGAGCACGUUGCAUGUAAAAAUUCUUGGAAAACCUCGUGUAACACCACAAAAACAAUGCAUUGCAUGUAAAGGAUCGGACUUUACUUUAGAGUGAUGAUCCAAUUGGAACCAGAGUUACGUUCUUAAGUUCUUUGGUUG